AUGCAGAUCUUUGUGAAGACCCCGACAGGCAAGACCAUCAUCCUCAAGGUCGAGCCCAGAGAUACUACUGAGAAUGUCGAAGCCAAACUCCAAGGCAAGGAAGGCAUCUCCCCUGAUCAGCAGCAUCUGAUUUUUGUGGGCAAAUGGCCGGAGGAUGGCUGCACGCUCAGGCGACAAUACCUAGAAAAAGUCCACUUGGUACUUCGCCUGUGGUGUAGCGUCAUCCAACCUUCCCUCCGCCGGGUGACCCAGAAACACAACUGCAACAGGAUGAUCUGGCCCAAGCAUUAUGGUCGCCUGCACCCUGUGCUGUCAACUGCCAGAAGAAGUGCGGCCACGCCACCCAUACCUGUGCUCCAAGAAGAUCAAAUAAGGUCCCUCUACUCACUCUUCCAUUGCCUGCAGGAGGCCCAAGGCCCUUGGGCUUCAGCAAAGUUCCCCUUUCAUUGA